CCCAGUCGACGAUUCCCCACUGAAAUUCUCCUUCUCAUCUUCAAAGAAGUAGCAUCCUCAGUAGCUGACCCGUUAUUUUACGAUGACUCUCAGCAUAUCUCUCGUUUGUUCCCGGUCGCAAAACAUUGCACUUUCAGAGCCGUCAGUAUGGAGAAAUAUAUAUGUGGGAGAGGGAUGUUCUCCCGACAUCAACACGGCGUUGGUGUACCUGUACAGCAAAUGCUCUGUUAAAGGGCCCUUACGUGUCGCUGCGAACGUGACGGGAGAAGACGAGGGUUAUCGAUAUGAUCCUGCUCUAUGGGCACAGAUUAAGACGCUCGGAUUUGGUGGAGGUUGUUCCAACUGUCCGUUUGAUUGGGCAAUAAUGAGCGGCGGCACCGACGCUUCCAGAGAUCCAAUCCGUAUUGACCACUUCUCCGCUCUUUCUAGUCCUCUGGCCAACCAAUUUAUACAUGUUCGACGACCUCAUACUUCCCUUCUUGGUGUCUCUGAAGAUUUGGAUGCACUCUGAUCCUGAAUUCGACGACGAAGAUUGGGGGGGCCGAUCUGGU